UUCAAAUUUCUCUUGUUUUUCAACUCUCUUUAACCCCAUUUCUUGAUCUUCCGUUAGUCAACAAUGGUUGGAUCUUCCUCCAAGAAACCAGAAGAUUCUCCAAUGGAAAACUGGUAGAACGCAGCAACAACGCCGCCCCACCGUCGAUGCCGGAAGAUUUUCGUCGGACCAGUUCCAGAAAACCCUAGCCAUAGCCAGUUAAGUUUCCGGCGAUUCCCAUUUCUGAGAUUUUUGUUCAAACCUAAGGAGAAGUAAUGUCCCAUCUCGAUAACAUUCCUUCAACUCCGGGAAAGUUCAAGAUGGAAAAAUCGGCGUACAUUCAUCGCGUCCGGUGGCAGUCAUCGAUAACGAAGCUCACAUUCUGGUCCUUAAUUAUACUUGGCUCGAUCUUGAUUUUCUUCUACAGAUCGCCGUCGUCGUCGCCGCUGUCGUCCGAUCCUUCCCGCCGAUCGCUAAGCACUUACGACUGGGGCGGACCGUCCUGGGAGAAAAGAGUUCGCUCAUCGGCUCGAGUUAGGUCUCGUAAUGGGAUCUCUGUUCUCGUAACCGGCGCCGCCGGAUUCGUAGGAACUCAUGUCUCGGUGGCGCUGAAGCGCCGAGGCGACGGCGUUCUUGGCCUCGACAAUUUCAACAACUACUACGAUCAAUCGUUAAAACGAGACCGUCAAGCGCUUUUGGAGCGCACCGGCGUGUUCGUUGUUGAAGGCGAUAUCAACGAUUCGGCUCUGUUGAAGAAGCUUUUUGAAGUGGUUCCAUUCACGCAUGUGAUGCAUUUGGCAGCUCAGGCCGGCGUCAGGUACGCCAUGGAAAAUCCUAGUUCUUAUGUUCAUAGCAACAUAGCUGGAUUAGUUAGUCUUUUGGAGGUCUGUAAAUCUGCAAAUCCACAGCCUGCAAUUGUUUGGGCAUCUUCUAGCUCUGUUUAUGGAUUGAAUACUAAGGUACCCUUUUCGGAGCAAGACCGGACCGAUGAACCGGCGAGUCUUUACGCGGCGACGAAGAAGGGUGGAGAAGAAAUUGCACACAGUUACAAUCAUAUCUAUGGACUUUCAUUGACAGGGCUGAGAUUCUUCACUGUUUAUGGACCAUGGGGAAGGCCUGAUAUGGCUUAUUUCUUCUUCACAAGAGAUAUCUUGAAAGGAAAGUCAAUUCCCAUAUUUGAAGCAGCUGAUCAUGGCACUGUGGCUAGAGAUUUCACGUACAUUGAUGACAUUGUGAAGGGUUGUUUGGCAUCUUUGGACACUGCUGAGAAGAGCACAGGGAGUGGAGGGAAGAAGAAGGGACCGGCGCAGCUUCGGGUAUUCAAUUUAGGGAAUACGUCGCCGGUGCCGGUGUCGGAUCUUGUGAGCAUUUUGGAGAAGCUUUUGAAGGUGAAAGCAAAGAGGAACAUAAUGAAGUUGCCAAGGAAUGGUGAUGUUCAGUUUACUCAUGCCAAUAUUAGCUUGGCUCAAAGGGAACUUGGAUAUAAACCAACCACAGAUCUCCCGACCGGGCUGAAGAAGUUCGUCCGGUGGUAUAUGAAUUAUUAUUCGCAAGGGAAGAAGGCCGAUGCGUAGCGGGAUUGCUCGGCGUUUACACGAAUAUAGCGGUUGAAUAGCUAUUAUUCGCUCAGCUGCAUUUUGACUGAGGGAGCAUGCGGCAAGAGUGUAGGUGAGUGGUAAGCGGGAGCUGCUGGGGCAGCGACAGUUAUGUGGUUUCACAUCGCUAUACGUUUGAUAUAAUUUUUAGUACAAUGAGCGAGACCUUUGAAAUGAGAUUUUGAGGAUAUAGGUCGCUAACUCG